AUGAGCGAUCUAGACGGUCUGAAAUGUGUGCAUAUCGAAGGCGUUAAAAAACCCUUCCUGCUGAUUAUCGGUAGUAAAGGUUUCUUAAGUUGUGGAUAUGUCAACCCAGAGGCAUGUUCGGUAACAGGAGAUGCGGUAGGUAUCUUCAAGGGUGUGAGCACACAUGAUGAUAUACUCAAUUCGGAAUGCAAAGCUGUGAGUGAUCCUGGAGCUGCGUUGGGUAUGAAAGUCGGUGAUCGGGCGAACUGGGUGACAAUGGACGGACAGGUUAUGCAUAGAGUGCAAGAGGCAUAUCAAAUUGAACCGAGUACUAGAACCGACGAUUAUAUACUUACUAAGAAAUCCAAAUAA